GACAGUGGUCAGUGGUCGUGUUUGAGAAUUCACAGAUCUUAUUAUUUGUUUCUGUAAGUCGCAAACCCAUUAUCAUCAUCAUUCAACGCCUAUAGCUGAUCGUCCCGACUUAACAAAAUUUAGUCUAUUAUUAUUAUUAUUAUUGAUGCGAAUUAUAUUGUGUGUUGUUAUACAAAUGAUAUUUUAAUAUUGUAAAUCGAUUGUUGCGUUAUCACGUCAUAGGUCGUCGACAUAGCCGACAAGAAUUCUUCGGAUCAACAGGAAAUACCAAUUAUUGUGCGAUCGUUUUUUUUCAUUUCUGGUUUUUUUUUUGUUUAUUCAAGUCUGCCGGUUUCUGUCGUUACGUCAUCGAUAACUGCUUCUGUUCUGGUGUACCAGUACCAAGGACGCCUAGAUACUCCUCCAUCACGCUAAAUAAUAAAAAUAAAAAUACAUUUUUUGCUCAUAUCUCGCAAGUACGGUCGCAACUCAACGUUUGGUUGACCGCCGUGUAAGGGACGGCCAUAAUAAUAAAAGAAAACAAUGGUCGACACAGCUGAAGCUACCAGACGAUUGAACGUCAAGAAGCAAACUUUGGACGAUGCGUAUGCGGCUCCAGCCAAUUUCUUGGAAAUUGAUAUACUGAAUCCUAUAACUCACGGUGUAGCCAAAAAACGCUACACCGAUUACGAAGUUCGAAUGAGAACAAACUUGCCAGUGUUUAAGGUCAAAGAAUCCAGUGUCCGUAGACGUUACAGUGAUUUUGAAUGGUUGCGCAAUGAACUAGAAAGAGACAGUAAGAUUGUUGUACCUCCUUUGCCCGGUAAGGCAUGGAAAAGACAAAUGCCAUUCCGAAAUGAUGAUGGUAUAUUUGAGGAAGAAUUUAUUGAAGAACGGCGAAAGGGCCUUGAAGUUUUUAUAAACAAAAUUGCUGGUCAUCCAUUGGCACAAAAUGAAAGAUGUCUACACAUAUUCCUACAAGAACCAGUAAUUGAUAAAAGUUAUGUGCCAGGUAAAAUCAGAAAUACUUAAGUUAGAAUUAGUCAUCAUCUCCACCGAUUAUGCCUCUAAAUGUUAUUUUAAUUUCACCAAUGAAUUCUAUACAAUUUUCAAAAUUUUGUUCGACAAUACCCUAAAAUAAUAUAUAUUAUAUUUUUUUUUUAUUAGCAAUUAUUAAUAUUUUUAAUAAUCAUUAUUGUCAUUUAUAUUUUAUUUUUAUUUUGAAAAUCUCAUUGUACUCAACCCUUUAUUUUAGAAUUAUGUUACAACAUCCCUAAAUGGAAUUAUGUUAUUUUAGUGUCUGAAUUACAGGUAUGUUUAUUGUUUAUUGGUUAUUAAUAUAUUUUAAUAUAAGUUUAGGAACAUACCUAAUAAAUUUAAUUAUGAAGAAAUAUAUACAUAAUAUUAUUAUUAUUAUUGUAUUAAAUAAAUUAUAAAAAAAUAAAUAAAUCAUUUAUAUUAUAUAAAAUA